AUGGAAACAAACUCACCGGUGUCGUCUUCUUCUCGAGUUCGAAAGAAUCAAAAAACAGAUUGUUCACGUCGAAAACGUUCAUGCCAAACUCGCAAGAUGAAUAGCAAAAUGAAUUUACCAGGAGGAAAAAUCAGAGAAGAUGAAUUCGCAGAUAAGGAUGAUCACGCCAUGGCAAUGUAUUUUUACAGUAUUCAUUCGCUUAGUGAUGGCAAAGUGUCUGGAAAUAGAAGAAGAAGAAAGAAGAAGGAGGAGCUAACAUUCGAAUUUCGUAUACGAUUACGCCCAAUUCAAAAGCAUGAGAACUUUGCGAGUGUGAGAGAGGGUGAGCGAGAGGUGAAAAUUUGA